GUAAAUGUAUAAAUAGCUUUUUUUUGGCUGAUAUCUUAAAAGUACCACUUUAAACAGAUAUUAAUUUACCUAUAUAAAUUACUUUAUUGUUAUGAAAAAAUUAUUCAUCAAAUAUGAAGCUGAUGUGUAGUGUUGUAUUUUUCUGCUAUAUUUAUAUAGCGGAUGCAGCGGAUUUGCUUGUAUCUUUACCUUAUGGAAUGAUCCAGGGUAAAGAACUAGUCAGUCCUGGAAAUAUAACAUACAGAGCAUUCCAGGGCAUACCUUAUGCUGCAGCUCCAGUUGGUACCUUAAGGUUUCAGCCACCUCAACAACCCUAUCAAUGGGAAGGAAUUAAAAAUACCACAAAAGAAGGAAAUAUUUGUUUUUCCGUUCAUGAAGAUAGUGAUUUAGAAAACGAAGAUUGUUUGUUUAUGAAUGUUUAUACACCUAUACUAUCUAAUUCAUCAGCAGUAAAACUUCCAGUGAUGUUAUGGUUCUAUGGCGGGGGCUUCUAUACCGGUUCAUCACUAUCUACACAUUUUGGCCCUGAUUUCUUUAUGGAAAAAAAUGUCAUUAUUGCAAUUUUCAACUAUAGAGUAGGCCCUUUCGGAUUUUUGGCUACUGAAGAUGGUGUAAUAUCUGGAAAUGCCGGACUAAAAGAUCAAGUUAUGGCUAUAAAAUGGGUUAAUGAAAAUAUUGCAUCAUUUGGAGGUGAUCCUGAUAAAGUUACAAUAUUUGGACAGAGUGCAGGUGGAGCUUCAGUAGGAUAUCAGUUACUUUAUAAACAAAAUGAAGGUUUAUUUCGUGGAGCAAUUCUCCAAAGUGGAAGCCCUUUGAGUUCCUUUAGUUUUAUGGGAGACGUUAGUCCAAGAGCCUAUGCUUUUGAUUUGGCUAGUCAAAUUGAUAAUUCGUUCGACUUUGCCAACGAUACCAAUUUAUUAGUCAAUUUUCUAUGGAAUGUCACUGCAAAACAGAUUGACGUGGCUUCCACUUUAACUAAAGUAACGUCCUACACCUUACCAGUUAUCGAAAAAAAUUCCGAAGGAGCUUUUUUUACUAGAGAAUCUUACGAAGCGAUAUUGACAGGAGAUUUUAUAAGAAUACCUAUAAUGGCGGGCACCACUUCUGAGGAAGAUAUUACUGCAUUUUCGAGUAUUGAAGCAGUAAACAACUCUUUUUCAAAGAUUAAAAGACAUGCCAAAUUUACUCCAACCAAAGGGUUUCAUUUGAAAGCUGGCGCAACUAGUGAUAUAGUAGGUGAAGAGAUAUAUCAGUUAUAUUUUGGCAACGUAUCAUCAGAUGAAAUAUUAGGACAUUAUGUUAAGUAUCGUAGUGACCACUAUUAUUCAAAGCCGAUGAUCAAACAUGCAGAGUUAGCAUCAAAUUAUACUGACGUCUAUUUCUACCUUUUCUCGUUUGAUGGUCCUAUGGGUAACUGGAACUUCUCAGUACCUGGUGCUGAUUUUGUUGCUCAUAGUGAAGAUAUAAAGUAUAUGUGGAAUCAUCGUAAUUUUGUUUUAUCUGCGUAUCCCGAGGCAGAUAGGCUGACACAUGAGAGAGUUCUCACAUUGUGGACUAAUUUUGCCAAAUAUUUAAACCCUACACCGGAAAAGGCAGCGGUUUUACAAAAUGUUACCUGGCCAAAAGUAAAACCUGGCAAUUUUCACUAUUUGGAUAUUGGAAAUGAUUUGGUUGUAAAGAAAAAUCCGAAAAGUCCAUAUUAUGCUGCGUGGACUAGAAUAUACGAGCAGUAUAAUGAAAGACCAUUUACUGUAUUUUAAAAACGAGGCUUUAAAUCGUAGGGAAUAAUAAUCAGGUGAUUUUAUUUAUUUUGUAAUAAUUCCUUUUUCCCUAACUAUGUAUAUGGCAAUUAUAAUGAAGUUACAUGUGUAAAAA